AUGAAAUUUGUUUUAAUCGUACCAAUAAUUAUCAUCGCAAACAUAUUAAACAAUAUGUCCGACGAUUACAUCGUAAGGUCGCCGAAACGACGCUACGAAAUACCCGACAUAUCGGUGGCCGCGUAUGUGUCUAGAAGUAUGGCCCGACUCGACCCCCAACACAGAUGUUUUAUGAAUGCCAUCGAUGGCUCUCAUUUGACAGCUGAAGAGUUGAUAACGAAAUGCCAUUCAGUGGCCAACGCGUUGAUCGCCAGAGGGAUCACCAAAUCGGACACUGUAUUGACAUUCGCUGAAAACAGUACCGAAUUAGUUAUCGUGAUGUUUGCGGCCAUAUAUUUAGGCAUAACUCUAUACCCGAUUACACCGAUCGCCAGAGUCUACGAAUUGGAUCAACUGAUGGACACAUUGGGGCCAUUAUUUAUAUUCACAACGAAGGCUAAGGCGAAGAUUAUAGAAACAAUUUUGAGCAAAAGGUCUGACAGACAAACGGUCAGAUUUGUGGCCGUUUUGGACGACAACCAUAACGUAUACGUGCCGUUCAGGUCUCUCCUGUCUGAGGGACAGAACCAGAUUCUGGACACUAUUCCUUACUUUGCCGUCAAACCCAAGAAAGACAUUUGCAUUUUGUUGCAAAGUUCGGGCACAACGGGAGCGCCAAAGUCGGUGAUGAUAUCGCACACGGCGUUUGUGGCCGCACUCAUGGCCUUUAUUAAGCCCGAUAUGAACGACGAAAGCGGCGGUAAUAACCGGACGUCACCUCUGGUGGGUUACCAAAUGACUCAAUUUAGUUGUAUGUCUGGUGUGGCCGUACUCUUUGGUUACGCCACUUGUGCUGUCAACUAUGGCGUGAAUUUUAUGGGAAUGGUUCCCGCGUUUGGUCACAAACUUCUUAACGAAAUGUGUGACGAAUACGAUCUCUCGAGUCUGAAGGCUCUGAUGGUUACCGGCGCUGCCUUUGCCGCAAAUGUGGCCAAAGAUAUAAUGCAAAAACAUAAGGUCUCUGUAGUUGAAGUGUACGGAAUGACAGAAUACUGUGGCCUAACGUCUCCCGAUGGAGAAUACAUACCGGGAUGUGUUGGCCGACCGUCUGAUAACACCGAUAUGAAAGUAAUCGACAGUAAAGGCAACAGUUUAGGGCCUGACUUAGACGGCGAACUCUGCGUUCGCGGACCCAAACUGUUCUCCGGUUAUCUGAACAACGUUUUGGCCACCAAUGAGGCCAUCGACGAUCACGGGUGGCUCCGCACGGGUGAUAUCGGACACUACGACUCGAGGCACCGCUUCUUCAUCACUGAUCGGCUGAAAGAGCUGAUCAAAUACGGCACUAAACAGGUGUCGCCCACAGAAUUGGAACAGUUCUUACUGACACACGAAGCCGUGGCCGAGGCUGUGGUGGUCGGUGUCGGCCAUCGCACAGACACUCAAUGGCCGCGCGCUUACGUCCGACUGCGGGAACACAAGUCGGUUACCGAAGAGGAAUUAAAACGAUUUGUCGCAGACUCAUUAAGUGAUAGCAAACAACUCAGAGCUGGGGUUGUGUUUGUCGAUGACAUCCGUCGGACGACUGUCGGUAAAGUCGAGCGAAGAUAUUAUAAGGAAUUAGUGGCCAAUGAGUUGAUUGACGAUUAGGUUUAGUUUGCAAUUCAAUGACAAUUUACACGAGAGUAAUGAUUAGUUCAUGAUUUUUACAC